UGCCGUUUUCAGACAACUGCUACGUUUGUUUGCUCAGUUCCUGAACUGUUAGGUGGAGACUGAUGCCAGCUCUUACUGUAUGAAGCUCAAAGCUCAUCUGACGGGGAAUAUCUUAAGCCAGCAACUUUCAACCAGUGGACCACAUUGUCUUUCAUCCAGCUGGAGGCCCCAGUCCUUAUCGAUGUGUAACUCUUGAGUCGGGCCGAGUGCACAGACCAGGGCUUGGCUUCUCUUAUCAAAGAAGGAAGCACCUGGAGGGUGGAAACCUGCCACUGCUCUUCCCACUCAGCCCUGUGUGUGCGUAUGCAGGGCCGGACGGACAUUCAGUUUUUGUUGAAGGUGUGAAAUUAUGAAGAACCUGAGCUAAAGAUGGGAUCUGAAGCUUCCUCUUUUGGUGAAAAAGAGAAAAGGCAAGAGGAGGAGCGACGCUUGCGAGCGAAUGACAGACCUUUCAACCUGUCGUACAACUAUGCUAACAAUGCCAUCGAGACCUCCAAAUACAACAUUUUCACCUUCCUGCCUCUUAACCUGUUUGAGCAGUUCAGGAGGAUUGCAAAUACUUACUUCCUCUUCCUUCUUAUCCUUCAGUUAAUCCCACAAGUAUCCUCACUUCCAUGGUUCACCACAGCCGUACCCCUGGUUGUGGUGCUGACCAUAACAGCGGUCAAAGACGCCACUGAUGACAUAAACAGACACAAAUCUGACAAGCAGGUGAAUAACCGAAUGGUGGAUGUCCUCAUCAAUGGAGAACUGAAAAAAGAAAAAUGGAUGAAUGUUCAGGUUGGAGACGUUGUCCAACUGGAAAAUAAUGAGUUUGUCACUGCAGAUCUGCUGUUGCUCUCCAGCAGUGAGCCUCUCAAUCUGGUCUACGUGGAAACAGCUGAGUUAGAUGGCGAAACCAAUCUGAAAGUGAAGCAGGCGCUGACUGUAACUGGAGAGAUGGGCGACUGCAUCCAAGUGCUUGCAGGCUUCAAAGGUGAAGUGCGAUGUGAGCCUCCCAAUAACCGGCUAGACAAGUUUAAAGGGACCCUGACUAUGGAUGGACAAAAUUACGGCUUGGACAAUGACAAAGUGCUGCUCAGAGGGUGUACACUCAGGAACACGGAGUGGUGCUUUGGUCUGGUCAUCUUUGGAGGUCCUGACACCAAGCUCAUGCAGAACAGUGGAAAGGCAACUUUCAAACGCACCAGUAUUGAUCACCUGAUGAAUAUCCUGGUGUUGUGUAUCUUUGGUUUCCUGGCGAUCAUGUGCUCUAUUCUGGCCAUUGGCAAUGCAAUCUGGGAGAUGACGGACGGUUCUGUGUUCACGGAGUUUCUUCCUCGUGAACCAGGGAUUGGCACCUCUCUCUCAUCCUUCCUUUCCUUCUGGUCCUACGUCAUAGUUCUCAACGCAGUGGUGCCCAUUUCUCUCUACGUUAGCGUGGAGAUCAUCCGUCUUGGGAACAGCUUCUUCAUAGACUGGGACAGGAAGAUGUAUUACCCUAAAAAUGACACUCCUGCCCAGGCCAGGACCACCACACUGAAUGAGGAGCUAGGCCAGAUCAAAUACAUCUUCAGUGACAAGACCGGCACCCUGACGCAAAACAUCAUGACCUUCAACAAGUGCUCCAUCAAUGGAAAAGCUUAUGGAGAGAUCUAUGACUUUUCUGGACAAAGGGUGGAAAUAACAGAGAAAACAGAGAAAGUGGACUUCAGCUGGAAUCCUCUUGCGGACCCAAAGUUUGUCUUUCACGAUGGCAGUCUGUUGGAGACGGUGCGAGGGAGAAACCCAGAGGCCCAGGCCUUCUUCCGCUUGCUGGCUCUGUGCCACACUGUCAUGCCAGAGGAAAAGAAAGAAGGAGAACUCAACUACCAGGCUCAGUCUCCUGACGAGGGGGCGUUGGUGACGGCAGCGAGGAACUUUGGUUUUGUGUUCCGCUCUCGUACACCAGAGACCAUCACGGUCAUGGAGAUGGGCAGAAAAGUCGUAUAUGAACUCCUGGCUAUUCUGGACUUCAACAACGUGCGGAAGAGGAUGUCAGUGAUAGUGCGGAGCCCUGAAGGAAAACUCACCCUGUACUGCAAAGGAGCAGACACCAUCAUCUAUGAAAGACUACACCCCUCCUGUAACAAACUGAAGGAGGUUACAACUGGACACCUUGAUGAGUAUGCGGGCGAAGGCCUCCGUACGCUGGUCCUGGCCUACAAGGACUUGGAGGACAGCUACAUGGAUAAGUGGACACAGCACUACCAUGAUGCCAGCACUGCCAUAGACGGACGAGAGGAGAGACUUGAUGAGCUGUAUGAAGAGAUCGAGAAAGACUUGAUUCUGUUGGGAGCGACAGCUGUGGAGGACAAAUUGCAAGAUGGUGUUCCACAAACCAUCGAGCAACUGGCUUUAGCCGACAUUAAAAUCUGGGUUCUAACUGGGGAUAAACAAGAGACGGCGGAAAAUAUUGGUUAUUCUUGCAACAUGCUGAGAGAAAACAUGGAGGUGUUCUUUGUGUCAGCCCACACAUCUGAAGCAGUCAGAGAGGAGCUACAGCGUGCCAGAAGGAAAAUGUGUCCAGACGCAGCAGAGGAACCGACUGUGACCAGAGCUCGUGCAGGCCUGUUUUGGCUCCAUCAGACCGAGACGGUGCAGGAUGAAAAAGUGGAUGGAGAAUAUGCUUUAAUCAUAAACGGACACAGCUUAGGCUUUGCGUUGGAGAAGGACUUGGAGCUGGAGCUGCUGAGAACUGCAUGCAUGUGCCAGACAGUGAUUUGCUGCAGGGUCACCCCCCUGCAGAAAGCCCAGGUCGUCCAGUUGGUCAAGAAAUACAAGCAGGCUGUCACUCUUGCUAUUGGAGAUGGAGCCAAUGAUGUCAGCAUGAUCAAGGCUGCUCAUAUUGGCGUGGGGAUCAGCGGUCAGGAGGGGAUGCAGGCGGUACUCUCUAGUGAUUUCUCCUUUGCCCAGUUCCGUUAUCUCCAGCGCCUCCUGCUGGUGCACGGUCGCUGGUCUUACCUCCGCAUGUGCAAGUUCUUGAAGUAUUUCUUUUACAAGAACUUCACCUUCACCCUUGUGCACUUCUGGUACGCCUUCUUUUGUGGCUUCUCUGCACAGACUGUGUAUGACGAGUGGUUCAUCACCUUGUAUAAUACGGUGUACACAGCUCUGCCUGUCCUCGGCCUCAGUGUUUUUGACCAGGAUGUCAAUGACCGCUGGAGCCUCCGGUAUCCUCAGCUCUACCGUCCAGGCCAACUCAACAAGUAUUUUAGCAAAAAAGCAUUUGCACGCGCUAUAAUGAACAGCUGCUUUAGCUCCCUGGUCCUCUUCUUUAUCCCAUGGGCUGCUAUGCACGACACAGUCAGAGAUGAUGGCAAAGACAUUGUAGACUAUCAGUCCUUUGCUUUGUUGGCACAAACCUGUCUGCUUGUCGUGGUGAGCAUACAGCUGUGUCUUGACACUCAUUACUGGACAGCGUUGAACCACCUUUUCAUCUGGGGCAGCCUGGCUGCCUACUUCGGUGUGACGUUCACUGUGUAUAGCAAUGGCUUAUUUCUCAUCCUUCCCUCCAGUUUUCCCUUCAUUGGGACAGAAAGAAACUCCUUGACCCAACCAAAUGUGUGGCUGACGAUAUUCCUGACAUCCCUCCUCUGCAUUCUGCCUGUGGUCGCUUUACGCUUCAUUCUCAUCCAGAUCCGUCCCACCAUCAAUGACAAGAUGAGAUAUAAGAUGCACGAGGAGGGGCUCCCUGCUCCUGCCUCUAAACGCCUGCCACCCAAGCGUUUCACCACCCGCCGGUCAGGCUACGCCUUCUCUCACUCCAAGGGCUUUGGUGAUCUGGUAACUUCUCGACUGUUUCUGAUGAAGCAUCCUCUGAAGGUUCGACAGUCAUUGUUUUUCCAAACUGACUCUUCGCUAGCUGAAGAUCAGCCACAGCACUACCGUACCAUAACUGAGGAGCCGGAGGAGCAGGGGGAGACACAGGAGACACAGGAGACGCAGAGCCCCUGAAAAGACAAGCAUUCACAACACAGCGACAGAAUUUCUGCCAAGGGCAGAUUUUUCUUUUCCAAAUUUUGUAGAUAAAAACAAGACAUUGGGUGAAAUAAACAGGUAAAACAUUAGCUGUUUUAAUUGAAACUCUUGGUGUUUUGUAAACAACGUAUUGACAAUAUCUCUGAAGAUCCUGAAUUAACUGAAGAUAUAGCGUUAAGGUGUUUUUUUCACGCUUUUUGACAUGACACAUGCUCCUGUCAUAUCCAGCUUGUAUUACUGCUCACUCCUCUCCCCUACUGGAAGGGUUUAGAUACAUUUCCUCACUUAAUCUUAGAAAAUGUACCUAUAUAGAAGUUGUAUAACUGUUAUACAAGCCAACAUAAACUUUCAAUUUACCCUCCAAACACCCCUGAUUUGGUGGUAAUAUCCUAGAUUGUCAGGUUGUAGCACUUAACUAUCAUCUAAAUACUUACGAUCAGCCUGUCUUUAUCAAUUAUCCCUAAGUUUUAUUCUCACUAUUUUUUGUAUAACCUGUUCAUUUUAAGUAAUGCUGCAGGAGAGGUCGCUAAGGUUUUGUAAACACAACAUUCUUACUAAACCAUUCAUUCAUGUGAAACAUGUGAAAGGAAAUCUCGUUUUCUGUACUCAAGCAAAUGUAUAUUGGUGUCUGAAGUGCCGACCAAAACUACUGAACAAAAAAACAACGACACAACUCUUUCCAGGGACUGAAAAUAUGUCAUUCAGUUGUAGGGAUAGACGUGCAAUGUUACAGACUUUUAAAAAGAAUCUCCACAAAACAUUUAUAAUACGCUGCAGUUUUUCUAUCUUAGAAUUGCAUCAUGCAGCUAGCUGGAAGCAUAUGUGACACAAAUACAAACAGAGGCGCAUCCUACAGCAGAGGGAGUGAUCUGCUCCACCCCACCCUAACGGUCUGCAAUCAACACAGUUGUAAAUACAUGGUUGAAAAAGGUGCUGCGAUGCCGUAGUUUCAUGGCAUUUUGAUGAAAACGUGUUGUGGAAAUUUCUUUUAUAACUGCAGUUUGCAGUAACUUUUAUAUUAAAUAAAUGGAUACAUUUAUAAAAAGCUUUAUUUCACUUUUGAAUAUAUCUUAAUCCUACAUGUUGCAUUUUUAUUUCUCCAAGAUAUCUUGUGACCUGAUGAUUUGUUUUUGCCUCUCAUUUUAGACCUGGAUUACUGCUAAUUGCAUGUUUUUGCUGGGCAGUAGAAUUUUGCUUCUUAUUUUCUCUCAAGUACAUUUUUUGAUUUUCAGAUAUAUCAGUUGGAUAUGUUUCUAUGUCAAGUUUAUGUUUACUAUAUACAGUAUCUAUACUGUAUAUAUUUAUUUCUUGUGUUUGUGAUGCUUUUGUUCAUUAAAGUUUCUUACGUUCAUGAGAGUGGUACUGUACUUCACCUGCUGUCACAAAAGCCUCAGAGAAUGGACUUUUAUAAAACAGAGAAAUAGAGAAAUCUGUCAUAGAAUUAUUUUUGAUCUGACUGCAAUGUAAAAUAUACCUUAGGAAGUCUGGUGGGAAAAACAUCUGUGAGUGUUUCUGAGCAUUCAAGGACAAAAUCUAAUUUUCAUGA